AUGGCAAGAACCAAAAAUACAAGGAGAGGCAAAAAGAAACCGGCACCCAUCAAAAGCAAAGACGAGUCACACGAUGAAACCAAGACGAAUGAUACUGACGAGCCGAGUACAACCAAUCCAGCCGAACUAGAAGACUUGAUCGACCAAGCCGAACGUCUCUUGAUCACUUGCGAAUUCGACCAAGCAAAGCGUCUCUGUCUACAAGUCCUGGCCGCUCAAAAUACACACUUGAGAGCUUUGGAAACGUUGGCACUGAGUGAACUAGAGCUGGGUGAAAUCAAAUCGGCCAGAAAGCUAUUCCAGAAAUGCCUGAACCAUUCCAAAUCAAAUCCACAACCAACGGUCCACUUAUACCUUGCCCAGCUAUCAAGUUCGCCGAAGGAAGCCUUGAGUCAUUUCAAAAAGGCGCUCGAGUUAUUAAAAACCAAACUAAACCAGAUCCUUCAGUUGAAGACCGAUGAUGAACUUGCUCAAUCGAACAAUGGAAAACCUACGACGCAGAAUACUCAUCAACUCAAUACUGUUCAGUGGUCGAUCGAUGAAUCUCAAAUUCGUAGAAGUUGUAGCAGGGCACUUGUCGGGAUGACUGAGAUUUACUUGACUGAUCUAUGUUUUGAUCCGUCAGCAGAAGAAAAAUGUCUAGAAUAUUUAGCGAUGGCCUCAUCAAUAGAUCCGACCGAUCCGGAGCCACUUCAAACGCUAGCUUCGGUAAGGUUAUCGCAAUCAGAGACGAAUUUAGCCAAGGAGGCACUACUAUUGUCAUGGUCCCUGUGGCGAGAUAAAGUUCCCAUACCUAAACGACCAGCGAGCGGCCGGUUUUAUCAAGCAAAUGAAGAAUCGAUGGCCGAUGAUGAAGACGAAAUCAAUGAUGAUGAGCAUGCGGAAGCGGAUCGAACGAUGGAUUCAAUCGACUCACAGAUGAUCAUAGGAGAAGAAGUGAUGAUUGAGGAAGAGCAGGGGGAAGAGCACACCGGUGAGAUCGUAUUACCGCCGAUCGAAGCGCGAGUUCAAUGGGCAAAGCUGGCGAUCGAAUGUGAGAUCUGGAACUCAGCAAUCGAAGUCCUUCACCAAUGCGAAGCGGAAAAUGAUGAGGACGGUGAAAUUGAAUACCUGCUUGCUGUCAGCUGGUUCUUGCUGGGUCAAUCUCGACCCCCUAUCACCGAUUCCGAUAAGUCUACCUCUAAACCCGAGCCAAAAGCCCUCAAUACACUAUCUGAUUUCUCUGUUGGCGAUGGGCUUGGCCGAAUGGAAUGUUGGCUAGAAGCUAAAGAAUGUAUCGAAACAUGUUUACAAUUGCAUGAAAGACUGGGUGAGGAUAGUGGAAUGGACGAAAGUAUCUUAAAACACCUGGAAGAAUUGAAGCUAGAACUUGGCAAUGCUGGAAUUGCGGUUCAAAGCACGACCCAAGAGGACAAGGAUGCAGAAAAUCUGGAUGAAAAUGAAAUCAAUGAUGCCGAUUGGGUUGAUGCUAGUGAUAUUGAAAUGGGUUGA